AUGAUAGAUGAGAAGAAGAGGGAGAGACUGAUAUCAAACCGUGAAUCAGCUAAACGAUCAAGGAUGAAGCAUGAGCAACACGUUAAAGAUCUAAACGAUGAGAUUAUGUAUUUCACGACCAAAUGCAAUGAAAUGAUUCAUAAGAUCAAUGAAAUUACACCACUUUACGAGAGCACUGAAUCUAGAAACAAAAUAUUGAGAUUGCAGCGCGAAGAACUGCGAAAAAGGCUUGAGAUGUUUCGGAAUACUAAAUUUCAUCUUCAACAUGUCAAAAAUGCUAUAGCUCUAAAGUGUAAAUGUUUCUCGAAGAGUACAGACGCUAGUGAGCAGAAUAUUAAAAACACAAGUUUAUUCACCCUAUGUUCUGCCUUGAGAAAUAUAGGAUAUGUGAAAGAGCAGUGGAAAGGGAAUUAG